AUGAUUUUCCUAUGCCCCGAAGUGCCCCUGAGUCCAGUGGCUUCCCCAGCAGAGACUGAUGUGAGAAUAAAGGAGAUCGUGAGGAAACUAGACCAGCUGUUCCCACCCAGACCCUUCACCCACCAGAACUCCACCACCAGUGCCGCACACAGCAGAGCCACCGUCCUCAACCCUCGAGACACCUACUGCAGGGGGGAUCAGCUAGACAUCCUGCUGGAGGUGAGGGACCACUGGGGACGCAGGAAGGAACACGGCGGGGACUUCCUGAGGGCCAGGAUGUCUUCCCCAGCCCUGCAGGCAGGCGCCUCAGGAAAGGUGAGGGACUUCAACGACGGCAGCUACCUCAUCAGUUUCACCCUGUUCUGGGAGGGCCGGGUCUCGCUGUCCCUCCUGCUCAUCCACCCCAGUGAAGGGGCGUCGGCUCUCUGGAGGGCACUGAUAUUCAAACUAGUAUGCUAG